AUGAGACUUACAAACUUCGUUCUGGCUGCUAGUGCCGCUACAUUGGCCGCUGCCUCCCCCUACCCCAGGGAAGUUAUUCCCGGAAAGCGAAGCGUUUCUACCAAGAAGCGUGCUACCUCCGGCUUCACUUGGGUUGGCGUCAGUGAGUCUGGUGCAGAGUUUGGUACUGCUAUUCCUGGAAUCUUGGGUACGGACUAUACAUGGCCCACUACAUCCAAGAUUCAGGUUCUGCGGGAUGCGGGGAUGAACAUCUUCCGUGUGCCUUUCUUGAUGGAGCGUCUUGUUCCGGAUAGUUUGACUGGUACUCCUGAUUCGACAUACCUGGGUGAUCUCAAGACCACUGUCAACUUCAUCACUGACAGCGGUGCCUAUGCGGUCCUUGACCCCCACAACUAUGGAAGAUACUCUGGUUCCAUCAUCAGCUCUACCUCCGACUUCAAGACCUUCUGGAAUACAGUUGCUUCUGAAUUCGCCGACAACGAUCUGGUCAUCUUCGAUACCAACAACGAGUACCACGACAUGGACCAAACACUAGUUCUAGACCUGAACCAAGCAGCCAUCAACGGUAUUCGUGCCGCCGGCGCCACAACCCAAUACAUUUUCGUCGAAGGUAACGCCUACAGCGGUGCCUGGUCCUGGACCGACAACAACGACAACCUCUCCGGUCUCACAGACACAGAAGACAAGAUCAUCUACGAGAUGCACCAGUACCUCGACUCCGACAGCUCCGGUACCUCCGAGACCUGCGUCAGCAGCACAAUCGGACAAGAGCGCCUCGAGUCCGCUACCGAGUGGCUGAAGACCAACGGCAAGAAGGGUUUCAUUGGAGAGUUCGCUGGAGGCGUUAACUCUGUUUGUGAGACUGCUGUUGAGGGUAUGCUCUCUUAUAUGAAUGAGAACAGCGAUGUCUGGACUGGUGCUGAGUGGUGGUCUGCUGGUCCUUGGUGGGGAACUUACAUGUACAGUUUGGAGCCUACUGAUGGUCCUGCUUACUCGACUUAUCUUCCUAUUUUGGAGAAGUAUUUCGUUUCCGGCACUUCUUCUACCUCGACCUCGACUUCUGUUGCUGUUGCUUCCUCGUCUUCGUCUUCGUCCACUUCGUCCACUUCAACCUCUACCACCGCCGCCGCUAAGACAGAGGCCACCACUUCCACCACCGCUGCAGAAGUUACCGUUACUUCCGCUCCAAACACCCAGGCAAAGGCACCUAACCCCUCCACCGAGACCGCAACCACCUCAUCAACCCCCGUUGCACCUGCCAGUGAGCCUACCUCUCUGACCUCCAUCUCGGUCUACGUUCCACAGGCUACAUCAACUACCUUUGCUGUUGUCCCAUCCGCCAAGUCUUCAUCCUCUUCUACUGCGCCCUCUGCUACUGCUUCUGCAAGUGGAAGCCUUGUUCCUCAGUACUACCAGUGUGGUGGUAUUAACUGGACCGGUGGUACUACUUGCGAGCCUGGAUAUACCUGCAAGCACCAGAACCCUUACUACUACCAGUGCGUUUAA